GUCUCGCCUCUUUUCUCUCUCUAACACGAUCUCCCAUUUGUACAGAGUUUCUCUUUCUUGUUCUGAAUCCAGUGGAUCUAGGGUUUCCUUUCGCUUCUGGUUGUCUGGUUUCCACCUUAAGGGCUCUAGGGUUUCAAUUCAUUAGUUGUAGCUCUGGGCGUUUGACUCCCAGGGUUUUACUGUUUUUUACAUGCAUGGCUCUAGGGUUUCGGUUCAUUUGUUUCUUGUCCCGGCUUUUGAUACUCAGGUUUUUGCUGGUUGUUACUUGCAUGGCUCUGGGGCUUCAAUUCGUUUCCUUUUACUCUUGGGCUCUGGUCAGGGUUUCAGAUAGGGUUUCUCCUUUGUUUCCUGGUCUGAAAGCUGGAGUGGCGUGAUUCUCUUGUUUCAUUGUUGCAGUUGUACAGUGUAACUGUUUCAAGGGUUCAAUUUUCAGAAAUUUAUAUCAAAUUUGUCUAGGGCUCCGACUUGUCUCCUCCUUUGCUAUUUCUUCUAUCUCCACUGAUUCACCAUUUAUUAAGUAGCUUGUCUUUUUCCCCCCAUUUUUUCUCGACUUCGCAGUAAUGGUUUCAGUCUUACAGGUUUUGCCUCGGAUUCUCCAAAUUCUGCUACUCUUAGAGGCUCCCUUAUCCUCUAUAUUUAGAGGACUCCCUGUAUUUUGCUAUAUUUCACGGCUUGAAGGUUCAGGGUUUUGCAAUGGCAGAUGCUUCAGCUAGUCCUGGAAGCCCUGAAAGUCCUAACUCUGGGGAACAAAGCCCCCACUCCAAUGUUAGGGAACAGGACAGAUUCUUACCAAUUGCAAACAUCAGCCGUAUCAUGAAGAAGGCUUUACCUCCAAAUGGAAAGAUUGCUAAGGAUGCGAAGGAGACUGUUCAGGAAUGCGUAUCUGAGUUCAUCAGCUUCAUUACCAGCGAGGCAAGUGAUAAAUGCCAGAGGGAGAAGAGAAAGACAAUUAAUGGUGAUGAUCUGCUUUGGGCAAUGAGUACGUUGGGCUUUGAAGACUAUAUUGAUCCCCUUAAGGUUUAUCUGCAGAUGUAUAGGGAGAUGGAGGGCGACAGUAAAGGAACAAAAGGUGGAGAUCAAUCGGCUAAGAAGGAAUCUGCUGGAGUUCAGGCAGGUUCAAGCACACAGCAAGUUUCUCAUCAAGGAUCUUUCAAUCAAGGCAUGAACUACAUGCGUUCUCAGGCUCAGGCAUGAGAUCAAGUGUAGGGGAAUGAAUGCAUGUUGGCUGGACAUGUAAAAUGGAAUCAUAUUUAAGAAAUGUUGGCCUUUCACCUAUCUCCCCAAGAACAUACAUCAUGCUUGUUUUUAUAGAAGCCCCACUAGUAGAUCUUGUUUGUUAUUGAGUUUUGUGGGGUUUAUAUUCUUAUUGUUUUCUGCUUUUUGACAUCAAACCAAGGUGAUUGGGAAAUUUGGAAAGGUAAUGACAGUUAUGUUUGCUUAUACAUGGAAAUUGGUGUCUGGUGUGAAUUGUUAUUCUAGACCCUGUAUUUGUUACUUAGUAAUGCUAGUGAUCCCUCCCCGUAAAAAUUAUGGUCUUUCCAUUAUGUAAUUAUGAUUUGUGGGUUAGAGUGUGCAUACU